UCAAGUCAUUAGUAAGAACACUGUUAAUAAUUCGUGAUAUUUUUUCUAUGUUUCAGUAUUUCAUAUUAUUAUAUCAUUUGGUGUAAUACAAUACAACAUAUCAUUAUUAAGUAAAAUAAGACGAUAAAAUAGAACAAGAUCAUAGAACAAUUGAAUACAAUUAUUUGUGAUUGUGUAUAUCGCCAAAUUACUACGUCGGUUUAUAAUCAUAUUUUUCACUUUAUAUUUGGGAUAUAAAAUUUGUAUAUCUUUGGAGAGAUGGCUACAAAUAAUUUGAGAGAUUUUACUGUGCAAAAUAAUAUUUAUAAAGGAAAAAUGUCGCCUUAUGUAACUAAGUAUAACAGCCUUUCAGAAUUAAUAUGGAUCAAAAUGAAGAGUAAUGGAGAUAAAAUUGCACAUUUGGAUGCAUGCACUGAGAAAGUAGUUACGUAUACGGAGCUACAAGACAAAGUAGUGAGAUGCGCGUUGUGGCUAAGAAAACAAGGAAUCAAACCUGGUGAUGUUGUCAGUGUGUGUACACAUAGUCAUCUCAAUUCCAUUGUGCCCUGCUUGGCAGCAAUUUAUAUCAAUGCUAUCUUUAAUCCGUGGGAUGAUAGUAUGGACCUGCAAACAUCAUUGCAUGUCAUGCAACUGACUACUCCGAAAGUGAUUUUCUGUAACGAAAAAGUCGUGAACGUUAUUUUAAAAGCGACAAAAGAGAACUGCUUCAAUCCCAAUAUUGUGGUUUUCGGCGAUUAUCCAGACGCAAUUGCAUUUUCUGACAUUUUAAGCAUGUACAGCGAUGCGGAAGCAGCAAAUUUUCAAUUUUUCGAGCCUGAUAACAUCAAGCAAACAGUAUGCAUUAUACAUACCUCAGGUUCCACUGGAAUGCCGAAAGGCGUCGAACUGUCCAAUUACGCUCUCUUAAUCAGCAUCGAGAAUAGGAUGCUGAAUGCGACCUCUACGGUUUUAUUGUGGUUCUCACCACUUCAUUGGAUCGGCGGAAUAGUAAUGAACCUAAAAUCGAUCGUGCAAGGCUACAAAGUGAUAAUUUACCCAAAAUUCGAGGAAGAGAUGACGUGUAGACUAAUCAAAAAAUACGAGGUAAAGAUACUUUAUAUAAUCUCGAACUUGCUUAAUCAAUUUCUUAAAGCGGGUUAUGUAAAAAACUAUUCAUUAUCAUCUUUGAAAGUCAUAAUACUUGCGGGUGCGGCACUUAGGCCAAAAGUACAGGAAGAAAUGAGACGCAUCUUACCAAAUGUUCUGAUGUUACAAAGUUAUGGAAUGACAGAAAUAUGUGGAUCCGGUACGUUGCAAUUUCCGAAUCACAAGACUGGAUCUUGCGGGACUGUAAUGGGAUAUAUGGAAAUGAAGAUUGUAGAUCCAAAAAACGGAGAAAUUCUUAGUUCAAAUAAUUCGGGAGAAUUGUGGAUAAAGACACCGACCAUGAUGACUUGCUACUACAAAAAUCCUAAAGCAACUAAAAGCAUUAUUGAUGAGGAAGGAUGGCUGCAUUCUGGUGACAUUGGUUAUUUUGACGAAGACGGAGAACUUUUUAUCGUCGAUAGAAUGAACGAAUUUAUAAAGUACAGAAGCUAUCAAAUUUCACCUGGAGAAAUUGAAGAUAUUUUAGUAACACAUCCAGCAGUAAUACAAGCUGCAGUAGUAGGAGUACCUCAUCCAGUAGAUGGUGAACAUCCUGUUGGUUUUGUUACAAAAAUACCCGAUGAAAAGGCACAUGGCCGUCGGCUAUUGAUAAUGACCAAUUUGGUAAUCAAGAUAUUAAUUUAAACUAACACAUCUUACACGACUCGAGUCAUCGCGGAGAUACUCCGCAUAUCUCAUAUGUUGUGAAAUAAAUUUAUCACUUUGUAUUUAAACAUUGCGUUUCAAAAAUCCACACGAACUUUUGUACCACCUAAUAUUUCUAAGAGUUUUAUUUUUUACUCAUUAAACUUUUUAAAUAUUUUACAAAUAGA